AUGUUCCAGCUAUCUUUCAUCAAGGACACCGUCGCCAUCCACCCUUCUUCCUUCGGCACGCCGGUAGAGCAGGCGCUCAUUGCCGAACUCAAUAAAAAGUAUGCGAACAGGGUCCUGCACGAUGUCGGCCUCUGCGUGUGCGUAUUCGACAUCUCGGAGGCGGGGGAAGGCAAAGUCCGCUACGGCGACGGGAUGUUAUGGUAUAAAGUCGUAUUCAGACUCGUCGUCUUUCGACCGUUCGCCUCGGAGGUGAUCCUAGCCAAAGUCAAGUCGUCCGAUGAAGAUGGCAUUCGAGUCUCCGUGGGCUUCUUCGAUGAUAUCUACAUCCCCGUCAUGUACCUCCCCCAGCCCUCCGCGUUCGACCCGAACGAACGAGCCCACUUCUGGCUCCCGCCCGACCCCGACGAGCCCGACGCUCCGCCGCCCACGGCGCACAGCCUGCUCGACAGCCCGGUCAGCUCGCGGAUGUACAUCGACAAGGGCGAGGUUAUCCGCGUGCGCGUCGAGGCAGAUGACUUCUUCGACGACGAGCCAGGCCCGCCAAAAGCGACCGAGGGCGUCCAGGCCGUUCGGCAGCGGGCUCGUCCGCCCUACACGGUCACCUGCUCGAUAGCGGAACAGGGGCUGGGACCGGUCGUAUGGUGGAAUGCGGCGGAAGCAGAAGCCAUGGACGAAGGAUAACCACCACAUAUCGGGAGGAUGGUUGUUUCCUGCCUCGCGCUUACUGCUUGUGAGCCACGAUCUAGGUCACUUCAAACCACCUCCUGCUUCUUCCUGAGCAAAAAAUGUGCAUCGUUGGGAGACAUUGCGAUCAGCAUGCGCACUGGAAACGAUCAAGCUGGAACUACUACAAGUAGAGCACGAGCACGUAUAAUAGGCACCACUACAGGAACGAGCUAUCGAUAUGGACUUCCGACGGCUCCGCGUUCGGUAUCAAAGUCAUCUUCUCGUACGUCUUCAACGGGGGGUAUUGGGCUACCAGCGGGAGCGCAACGAACUUGAGUCGGUCCGCAGGCAAACCUAGCUCAUGAACGAGCUUCUGCUUCCACUCCCGAUCGUCCUCGCGCUCCUCGAUCUGCGACUGAUAGGCGCUGUUCCAUUUGGAGAAGUGCAAGUCGUCAUCGGAGACUUGGCGGAUGACGAAGACGAGGCGUGUCUCGCUGUAUUGGUACGAGAACCCCCCGUUCACCACGCGAGGAGGAGGCCACGCCAGGGCAGAGAAGCGGAUGAGGUUGCGAGGGAACGUGUCCCUUUUGGCCGACAGCUCUUCCAUGACGUUGGUGUAAAUCAUGCCAGAUUCGUCUAAGAGUUCCCUGCCCUCAAGCCACGAGUUGAAAUCCGCUUCUGUGCACUCGUAGCCAGCGGCGAGUAAAACCAUCGUCCGAUAAUUCUGGU